AUGGCCACGGUCAUCCCCGGCCCCCUGAGCCUCGGCGAGGACUUCUACCGCGAGGCCAUCGAGCAUUGCCGCAGCUACAACGCGCGCCUGUGCGCCGAGCGCAGUCUGCGCCUACCCUUCCUCGACUCGCAGACCGGUGUGGCCCAGAACAACUGCUACAUCUGGAUGGAGAAGACCCACCGCGGGCCUGGUUUGGCCCCGGGACAGAUCUACACUUAUCCUGCCCGCUGUUGGAGGAAGAAACGGAGGCUCAACAUCCUGGAGGACCCCAGGCUGCGGCCCUGCGAGUACAAGAUCGACUGUGAGGUACCCUUGAAGAAGGAGGGUGGCCUUCCGGAAGGACCGGUCCUCGAGGCUCUGCUGUGUGCUGAGACAGGAGAGAAGAAGGUCGAGCUGAAGGAAGAGGAGGCCAUUAUGGACUGUCAGAAACAGCAGUUGCUGGAGUUUCCGCAUGAACUCGAGGUAGAAGACUUGGAGGAAGACAUUCCCAGGAGGAAGAACAGGGCCAAAGGAAAGGCAUAUGGCAUUGGAGGUCUUAGGAAACGCCAGGACACCGCUUCCCUGGAGGACCGAGACAAGCCGUACGUCUGUGAUAUCUGUGGGAAGAGGUAUAAAAACCGUCCGGGGCUCAGCUACCACUACACCCACACCCACCUGGCUGAGGAGGAGGGGGAGGAGCAUACUGAGCGCCACGCCCUGCCUUUCCAUCGGAAAAACAACCAUAAACAGUUUUACAAAGAAUUGGCCUGGGUCCCCGAGGCACAGAGGAAACACACAGCCAAGAAAGCACCAGACGGCACCGUCAUCCCCAAUGGCUACUGUGACUUUUGCCUGGGGGGCUCCAAGAAGACUGGCUGUCCCGAGGACCUCAUCUCCUGUGCAGAUUGUGGGCGAUCAGGGCAUCCCUCGUGUUUACAGUUCACGGUGAACAUGACUGCAGCUGUGCGGACCUACCGCUGGCAGUGCAUUGAGUGCAAGUCCUGCAGUCUGUGUGGCACCUCGGAGAAUGACGGUGCCAGCUGGGCGGGUCUCCCCCCCCAGGAGCAGCUGCUGUUCUGUGAUGACUGUGACCGGGGCUACCACAUGUACUGCCUGAGCCCUCCCAUGGCGGAGCCCCCGGAAGGGAGCUGGAGUUGCCACCUCUGUCUUCGGCAUUUGAAAGAGAAGGCUUCUGCCUACAUCACCCUCACUUAGGCCUGGCUCUGCUUCUCCAG